AUUAGAAGAAAUACAGGGUCGGGUCGUUCUUCUUCUGAGCGUUCGUGGCGGUCUGCGUCUCCGUCUGGAAGAGCGGAGUUGACCUUCGAAUUGCUUCUGGAAGGCUCUCGUCCCCUCCUCGCCGUCUCUUAAAGAAGCCUCUGUCUGCAACCUCUCCCUUUCUCUCCUCUUCAUCUUCUUCGUCUUUGUUUCUUAUUGAACAAGGCAUUUUCGAGGCUUGUUCUUUCCUGAAGCCCGUCUUGAAUUUUUGUUCCCUAAUGGCGGGGGACCGGCCUAAUUGGGACGGAUUACUGAAAUGGAGCCUGUCGCACUCCGACGGGACUCGGCCUCCUCGUCAGUUCAGUGAAGAGGACAGGAAAUGGUUCAUGGAAGCAAUGGAGGCUCAAACAGUUGAUGUUGUCAAGAGAAUGAAGGAAAUUACUCUUGUUAUGAACACCCCACAGCAGGUUUUGGAGUCUCAAGGGGUUACAACAGAUGACAUUGAAGAUAUGUUAGAUGAGCUGCAAGAACACGUCGAGUCUAUUGAUAUGGCCAAUGAUUUACAUUCGAUAGGUGGUCUGGUUCCAUUACUUAGCUACCUAAAGAAUUCACAUGCUGGAAUUCGUGCAAAAGCUGCGGAUGUGGUAACAACUAUCGUGCAAAACAAUCCGAGAAGCCAGCAACUUGUGAUGGAGGCUAAUAGCUUUGAGCCUCUUAUGCUGAACUUCAGCUCAGACCCAGAUAUAACCGUUCGAACCAAGGCACUCGGUGCAAUAUCCUCUUUGAUUCGUCACAACAAGCUGGGAGUUUCUGCAUUUCGUUUGGCCAGUGGUUAUACUGCUCUCAAGGAUGCUCUUACUUCUGACAGUGUGAGAUUUCAGAGGAAGGCUCUUAACUUGAUUCAGUACUUGCUGCAAGAGGACAAAGCAGACUGUGCAGUGGUUUCAGAGCUUGGGUUCCCACGGAUCAUGAUGCACCUAGCUUCUAGCGAAAAUGCAGACGUGCGAGAGAGUGCACUUCGCAGCCUUCUAGAGCUCAUCAAGGGCGGUGGCGUUACUGCAAUUGGAGGUGCCUCUGUUGAGGAGAGCGAGAGGUUUAAGCAGAUCCUUCAGGAUCAGAUCGACAGAAUCAGCUCAAUGGCACCUGAAGAGCUGGGAGCUGCCAAGGAAGAGAGACAGCUAGUGGAUAUGCUCUGGAAAGCAUGCUAUAAGGAGCCAUCAUCAUUGCAAGGGAAAGGGCUGGUUGUGCUCGCUGGAGAAGAUGAACCACCUCCUGAUGUUGCAAGCACGAUGUUUGAACCACCACUUCGUGCUUUUGCAGCUAAUCGAAGUGCAAGCAAGAAGAAAGAUGAUCCUUUGCUCUUGGGAUAUGCAUCUCCAGCAGAGCCUCAAUCUGAGAAUACAACCGGGGAGGAAAAUGAUUCUUCAAAACGAAGUUAGAAGCAUGCAGGAAUAUCUGAUAAGAAAGGAAAUUUAAUAUCCUUUCAGGAGAAGAAGCAUACGUGCAUAUUGCCUGACGCCCCUGUGAGAUAGUUAGAAUCUUUGUAUCUGUUGCUGGAUGUUAAAUAUUGUGCCUGCAUUUUUUAGCAUAUGAAUAUUUACGUUUUUUUUCCCACAGUUUUCUAUAAUCAAAUCUAUCUGGGAUCCUUAGUUCUUGCAGUUGAAUGAAUGCUUAGGGUCUUGCUUUUC